AAGCUGAAAAAGUCUGACUUGGAUAACUGGGAGAACAUCAGAGGACCCCGUCUGUGGGAAGAUUCCAGGACUGUUCAGAAGGAACGGCGGGAGGCUGUCCGUCUCAAGACAGAGUGA